CGCUGUUUUAUGAUACCACUGAUGGGAGGGACGUCCCGGCUUAUAUACUCGGAGAUCCCAACAUCGGUCUGAAGGACCUGACGAAGGCCAUUCGAUGAGAACGUAGGCGCUAUGCCUAGGAGAGCAUGGCUAGGAGGAAGGACACUUUCAGCUGCAACCGCUGAAGUGCUCUCCUUUGAGUCUGCAGCAGCAAUAGCCGCACUCAUGAGCGGGGAGGUGUCUGCGACGAUGGGCCCAUCAUCCGUCAGCUCGUCGACUUUGGCGCGUUUGGGUGAACGAGCAAGCUCUUCAUCAUCUUCACGUUCCCGGAUAGCUGAAGACGACAUUUUAAUGGUUGAUCGAGAACAGUCAAAAAGCCUGAGAAUAGAUAAGAUAGCAAAACCAAAUUUAUCCUAGAUGAAAUCAAGCUCGUCUUGCUAGUGACCAUCAUGUCGUCUCCUCAUCUCCAGACAUACAACGAGCGAGCAAAGAAACAUGCCAACAAAGCCGCGAGGGCUUUGCUCGGAGUCAUGGAGGAAAAGCAGUCAAAUCUCUCUGUUAGCGUCGACGUGACUAAAUCCAAAGACUUCUUCGACAUCAUCGAGGCAGUUGGUCCUCAUGUUUGUCUUAUAAAGACCCACAUCGAUAUACUCGAAGAUUUUGAUCCGACUGUGAUUGACCGCCUCCGAGAGCUUAGCGAAAAACACAAGUUCUUGAUAUUUGAGGAUCGUAAAUUCGCCGACAUAGGAAGUACCGUGGCAUUGCAGUAUUCGAAAGGGAUCUACAAGAUCGCGGACUGGGCUCAUAUUACCAACGCUCACGCUGUUCCGGGGCCAUCGAUCAUCACUGGCCUAGCCUCGGUUGGCAUUCCCAAAGAUCGGGGGCUCAUACUCCUGGCAGAAAUGAGCUCCAAGGGUGCACUGACCACCGGGUCAUAUACAGAAGAUGCAGUUCGUAUGGCUCGAGCUCGCAGGGAUUUUGUCAUCGGCUUUAUUGCUCAACAUCGCAUGGAAGGUAUUGGUGCAUCCGAUACCGACAAUAUUGCGGGGGAAGAUUUCUUGGUUCUCGCGCCAGGAGUAGGCUUAGAUGCCACAGGCGAUGCCAUGGGUCAGCAAUACCGCACUCCAGAGCAAGUCGUUUUUGAAAGUGGUUGUGACGUUAUCAUUGUUGGAAGAGGUAUUUAUGGCAAGGGUGAAAAUGUGGAUACACGGGAGGUUCUUAAGCAAGCUCAGAGAUAUCAAGCUGCUGGUUGGGAAGCAUACAAAAAGCGCGUUCAGCGCACAUAAGUAGCAGGGUAUAAAUAACUACACGAGCUUACUUGGAAAUACUUCCACCAUAUUUUACUUAAUGGCGCCUCACACCUUUAUCCGACGCCACCACCAUCUAGCGUCUCUGGUUCCUGUUGUCUUCUCUCCUCCUCUCUUGCUUCUCUUUCUUCUGCUUCUACGACUUCGACAUCGAGAGGAAACGUGAGUAUUGCAGCAAUACCCGUUAGUUGAUUCAACU